CGGGGGCGGGCGCCAUGGCGGGCGCGGGGGCGGUGGGCGGCAGCCGGGACCUGGCCGGGGCCGCGGGGCCGCAGGGCCGGGCGGCGGAGCAGACCCCGAGAGCCGCCGCGAUGUCUUCCGUCGCCUCCUACGAGAGCCUGGUGCACGCCGUGUCCGGGGCCGUGGGCAGUAUGACUGCAAUGACUGUAUUUUUUCCUUUGGAUACAGCUAGGCUUAGACUUCAGGUUGAUGAGAAGCGGAAAUCUAAGACAACACCGGCAGUUCUUUUGGAAAUAAUCAAAGAAGAAGGCUUGUUGGCACCAUAUCGAGGAUGGUUCCCUGUUAUCUCCAGCCUUUGCUGCUCCAAUUUUGUUUAUUUUUAUACAUUUAAUAGUCUUAAAGCCCUCUGGGUCAAAGGUCAGCAUUCAACCACUGGGAAAGACUUGGUUCUUGGAGUUGUUGCAGGUGUAGUGAAUGUACUCUUGACCACUCCUCUUUGGGUAGUGAACACACGUCUGAAGCUGCAGGGAGCAAAAUUCAGAAAUGAAGACAUUGUACCAACUAAUUAUAGAGGCAUAAUAGAUGCCUUCCAUCAGAUAAUAAGAGAUGAAGGAGUCUUAGCUUUGUGGAACGGUACUUUCCCCUCCUUGCUUCUGGUCUUCAAUCCUGCCAUACAGUUCAUGUUUUAUGAAGGCUUUAAACGAAAGCUUUUGAAAAAGCAGCUGCAACUCACAUCUUUGGAUGCUUUUGUCAUUGGUGCAAUAGCCAAAGCAGUUGCCACGACCCUCACUUAUCCUCUGCAGACAGUACAGUCAAUUCUGAGGUUUGGACGCCACAGGUUGAACCCAGAGAACCGAACACUAGGCAGUCUUAGAAAUGUUCUUUACCUUCUUCAACAGAGAGUGAGGCGUUUUGGAUUAGUGGGACUCUACAAAGGCCUUGAAGCAAAGCUCCUGCAGACAGUCCUUACUGCUGCUCUUAUGUUUCUGGUAUAUGAGAAACUGACUGCUGCAACCUUCACAGUCAUGGGAUUAAAGCACUCACGCAAACAUUGAUAAAGGAACCUAUGCCAAAGAUUAUGGGGUCUAGAAAACACAUUCUGUUUUUGAGACCAGGCUGGGUAACAAAGGGUCCUCACUUCCUCUACUUCUUUUUUUAGCCACCUCUGUCUCCAGUAUUUGGAGAAUCUGGAAUAUGCUCUAUAGGACCUGUUGCCACAAAUUCAGGGGUAGUCCAUUCCCUAUUGUUCUGUGGACUCACUGCUUUAAGAAACAAAGACACCUUAUUUAAGCACUUGACAUAAAAUUUUAAUGAUUAUAUGAUUUGGUUGACAUUCUUGGUGAGAAUUAAUCUCUGUCACUAUGCUUUCUUGUUUUCCCUCAAAUAGUCCUCAGUUAUUCCUGUAUCUUUACCUUCUGUCAGCAUCUGGUGGGGCUGGUUUUGUUUUAUCUUCCUUGGGUGCCUCAGACACCCCCCCCCAAACAAUUGUGUUAUUUUCCUUGACCUGUGUUUGUCACUUCAUAUUUGGUUUAUUAAAAUAAUUCAUAAAGAUUAAGAUUUUUGGCAUAGUUUUCUUUUACUUUCAAGUAUGUUUGUGGCACAGGAUGUGAUAUUGCCCCAAGUACCUGGUGGUGAGGUCUCUGAACUGCUAGAAUGUACAUUACGAGCAAGUGGACAUUCUGUCUUCUUGAAUCCACCUGUUUUGAAUCUUGAAAAUUUUGAAUGCAGAUACUGGUUACAUAGAAGGAACACAACCUGUUGCUUCUUCAAGCUGCCUCAAGAAAAUGGACUUGCUACUCAGAAAUACACGAAGUUUUGUAACCCCAUUCCUUGUGAGAAUAUGUGAAUUCACACAUUCUCAUGCAGACAGGGGGCACUGCCCUAUGCUUCAGAACUGCUAUGCCAUCUCAAAAAUGUGCUUUAAUUAUUUUUCCACUGAUCUUCCCAGACUAUAAAGCAUAAAGGUCAUAACUGUUGUCCCAGUUAAUGUAUAUGUGUAUGUUCUUUUUGCAUAGUUUUGGUCAGUACUCCUCGACCAUAAAAUCCACAUUAAAUCCUGCUGUGUUCUGAAGAGCAGUUUUCUAUUUGAAGUAUUGAAAAAUGUCAUGGCAGUUUAGCACCAAGAAUGUAUGGGAAAAGACUUAAAUGCUGCAAGAAAUACAUUACCGAAUUACAAAAUGGCACAUUUUUUUGGAGUCUUAAUUGUAAGUAUGAAAUUGGAAAGCAAUUCUGCAGAUGUUGUCUUUUGAAUAAGAGUAAAGGCCAAUUGCUUCUUUUAAGAAUAUUCAGAGUACCUAUACAAGAAAAAUCCAGUUCAACACUGGAUGAUUUUCAGUCCAAGUAGGAUUUACAUAUGACAAGUAAGAAUGAAAAAGUGCAAUGAGCUGUAAUUAUACUUUGUUAAAGGAUGAAACCUAAUGAAAGACUGGAGACCUCACCCCUGGAAAAGAAUGAAUCACAGUUCUGAAAAUUUCCAUGAAAAUACUCUGACUGAAACAAGGUGCCCUGUGGAAAGGUAGUCUGCUGUCUUUUUGGUGUUUUUAGUAAGAAAUUUGAAAUCGGUAGUAUGGCUCUUGAAAAGCUACCUCACAUCAAAAGUCCUGGUGUCAGAAUUGUUGUGGGGUAGCAAAGUGGUUCUCAUGCUACUCUGGCUGAAAUCUAUGUGGCUUCUGGGAGCUGUAGUUUAGCAGCUCAGGUUGCUGUGCUCUGUGGCACGAAGGAGCAAUUCCUACAGAAAUAUUUUUUUGGUUGCUAUACCUAUAAGCAGAAAGUAAAUGCUUGCUAGCAUUUACUAGCCAAAAAAUACUUGUCUGUCUGCAGCGUGGACUCAAAGGGAUAAAAAGUAUCUCAUUUUUGCAAAAAAGCUGAAUACAGAAGCCCCAUGUAGAGGAGUGCUGGCCUUGGCUGUGUCUGCGUUACUAUCAAGUCUGGAAGGAACAGACAUUUUGCACUUAACUCUCUACUUGGCUCUGCUGACCAAUUAUAAUGAAACAGUUUCAUAAAGGAAUGAAAGCAAAAGCUACUAAAGCCGGGAGCACCUUCGAUCUCCUUUUAGUGGUAGACAUGUGGCAUUUGAAACUUUUUUUUGCUUCUCCAUUCUCCAGUAUUGAUUUAGGUAUUAGUCUGAAAUAACUGAAAGACUACUUAACCUUGUGUGACUGAGCCAAACUGCAGAUGGUUGAGGAAUUGUUCAGUCAUUCGUUCAAUCAGCAGGCAAAUGUUCAUGUUACAGCUGGUACCUCUGCCUUAGUUUUCUCAGGCGUAGUUUGAACAGAUGAUGACAUUUAUCUUGGAAUGCAUAGAAUUAUUUCUGGCUUCGAAGGUGUAGGUGAGUAUCUUUGAGAAAGCAUAAAUUAUCAAAGUAAACUGUGAAAGACUAUUUCUAAUCUUUGUACUGAAGUUGUAAGUCACCCUUGGUGAAUACUGUCCAGAAAUAAAGCCGAAAUACAAUCAUUUUACUCUAUUUUAAAAUAUAUUUAUAUAAAUUGUUGUUUGCUGAUGUCCCCCCUCACAAGCAAACAUAUAACUUCGGGGGGUAGUGUAAAGACAUGAUUCAGCUAAGCUCUUGUAGUCAUUUCACUGGAAAAAAUUAGUUGUAGGAGAACUAAUGACAGAGUUCCACGUCAAACAUCACAAAAUAUGCAAGUUUUCCUUUGGACAAAAAUGAGUCCUGGCAGACAGCGUUGUGUCAGUUCAAGCUGAAAAUAGACAUGGAAACAGAGUAUGAGGUGCUGUGGCAGCAGCAGCUCUAUGCACAAGUACCUGCAGUGGCAGCCUCAGUUGCCAGUGCACAAUACUUCUGCUGUGCACUCAGUACGUAACUGUGUGUUCCAUUCAAAAAAUUGUGUCAAUUCACUUCUGGAGAACCUAACAAAAAAUAUUUUCAUCCUCAGGUGAAAAAUAGACCUUCUCCCUAAUUUUUUAAUACUGUUUUUGAGGGAAGAGAGAAAGGAAAGAUGAUUAUCAAGGACAGCAGCAGAGAGGAUCGUCUGUCUUAGCCAAGUUCCGUCAUGGAUAAUUCUGACCUUGGCUUAAUUUAGGAGAUUUAAAUUUAAUCCUAUGCUGUUCUUUCUCUUCCCCACCUCACACUUAGACCGAAGGUAGGAAAUCCCUGUGGCAUCUUAGAGAUUUCGAAGCAAGUGGCAUCUCAGGUAUCUGUGAUGUUUGGAAUGAAUUCUGCUCCUAUUUGUAUUCCAAACCAUGUUUCUCAUGAUUAUAGAUUGUUUGCCUCUAUAGUAGGACAGUAUUUAAACACAUUUUAACUUAUUCAAUGUUAUUUGCAUAUAUAUAUAUGUAUAUAUAUCUAAUAUUGUAUAACAGAAAUGUUAUUCACUAAGCCUCAGUUAGGAGGAUGACAGCUGAUAGAAUAUAUUCUUUUUGUCUUAUGUAAUGUUGUUGAAUUGCUGAGUGUUGCUAAAUAACAGUGUCUGCUGCUGGAGCAGGCUGUACUUAGCUGGAAGCGUCUCCCCAUCAAAUGAUUUUCCUUUUCUGGCUGCACUGGAGAAUGUUAUUAAAACCUGAAAGCUGGUGCAUACCCUAUGUGGGAGGAAAAACUAAGAUUUACCUCCAGUCUGUCCAAAAGGAAUAGAGUGUGCUGCAGUGCUGCACUGCAAAGCUUCUUGUCCAGAUUAAUCCUUUCGUUACAUGUCUUACUGCUUAUCUGCUGAGGAAGGAAGAGGGGAGUACUGACCCUGGGCCUUGCUGGAGUUUUGUAGUAAAGGCAGGUAAACACAGUCCAUUCAGAGGAAAAAAACAGGUGAGCUUUCAAGAUUGAGAUAUUCCUGCACAGUGCUCCGUUGAAAAAGGUAUUCAUUGCCAUCAAUGGAAUUAUUGUUUCACCACGUGUCAAAAACAUUUCUCAACUGAUGAGUGUGUUGCAGGAGAGCGCAGGGCCAUGGGAGAGAGGGAGCUGUUUGAGAGGCCUGCAGUGCUUCAGGGCUUAUGCCCAUUGUUGCAUUUUAUGUCUUUUUUUUUUUCUUUUUAGUCAGUAUGACUUUGAAAGCAAAGAGUUAGAUGAGGAAGAUGGAUAUCUAAACCAGGUGUUUUUAUAUAAUUGUUUAAUCACCUAAUCUAUAAGGCUGAAUUCUGCAUCUGCAAAGGCUGCUUCAUCAGCAUUAUAAAACUCUCUCUGCCUCUUGCAGUUGCUGUCUCUCACAACAGAAACAGAGGGGUUUUAAGGCACAGUCUGAUGGCGUGUGUGGGCUGCCGAGUCCUCUUCAAAGCAAGUUUUUGUAGUAUGGAGAGGGUCCAUGUCUUGCACGAAUAAAGCUGUGCAUGACUAUGUGAUCUGUAGGGGGCUGUUGGUGCUGACCCAGUGUAAAACAUUACUAGUGUGAGACAUCAUAUAUAAUUUAUAUAAUAUUUAUAGCUUACAGGUUUUCAUAGCAGUAGAUAAAAUAGGAUAGUUUUAGGAUUCAAUGAACAACAGCAAAAGAGCUCAUUUUGAACUGGCAAUAAACUGCCUUCUACAGAAUUAUUUUAACUUCUGUAUUCUUCUUUGGUUUGUGCUUGAAAGAAUGGACUCCAGAACUUUCUGGAAAAUAAUAACUAAAAUGAGAUCUAUUCACCUCUCUGUUUGGCAGAUAACAUUUUUCUCUGCUGUUCGUAGCAAUGUAGUGAAUGUGUCAAAGCAGCCUGGAGGACAGCACUGUCACUUCAAGGUAAGGGGCAGAAGCUUGCGAAGAGAUGGAUUUUAUUUCCCUCUACAGCUGGGGAGGUACCAGUGCAGUUACUGCAGCUGGAGGAGAGAGAAGAGCAGCAAUUUGGUGGUGGUCUAGUUCAGAAAGCCCAGCAAGACAAGAGUCUGCCCCCAUGGCUUGCAGUGAUGGAGAUGUACAAGUGAUAACAAGGCCAAAAUCUGUGAGAAGUUCCCAGACAUCCAUCUCCAACAUGUGAAGAGAUCCUGACAUAGAACUUGCAUGGUGGGGCCUGACUCGCUGAGGUGCUAUUGCAGCACCAAUGAGCUACAUGGGUCACGUCAUCCUCUCAGCUGUACCAGCACUGAGUCUUCAUUUUUACAACCCCUGAUGGAAAAAUUGGAUGUAUAUUCUUUUGGAGCUGGAAUGGUCUGGAUAGAGGUUUUUUUUCUUGCUGAAUACCCCGUUACUCAGCACUUUUAAUUUGCUGUGAGCAUUGUAAGAGAGUUGGAAAGGACUUAAAAGACACACGGUUAUUGGUCACACUGGGAGCAGCACCUCAGAAAAGCAGAUUUUAACCACAGGGAAAUCCUCUUCACAGUGUUGUAUUUGUAGCUUUAAUGCCAAACACCAGAUUGAUACACAUGUGCUGGGCGCAGGGAUAUCUGUGCAGAAGAGGCCUGGGAUUAAACACCACCAGCUCGGUGCGGUGGUAUCAGCCCCAGUUUAUCCAUAGGAAAACAUUUUUCUGACUUCAGCCAGUGCUCAGCUCACACUGGGAGAAUUGCAAUUGUUAGUGCUUGUUAUCCAGCUGUCGUCACAGGGCACGUUGGUCUUAUUCUUAGUAACAGCUAAUCUCUUCUGUACGCUUACAUCCAGAUAUGGAGCAUGAGGUUGGGGGUUUUUUUCCCAAUAGGAUUUAUUUGGAAUUAGAGACAAAUGCCAACCAGGCUUUGGCAGGCUUCACUGUGGCUUCCUUACUGAAAAUUGUCACUUUAUAAUUCUUGGCCUGGCCUUUCUGAUCUUCAUCUGUGAUGGACAGAUUUCAGCAUGUCUGGGUGGAUUAAAAACAUGAUAGGACCUCCCUUUAGAUGUUCUGUUAGCUGAGUGAUGGUACAUCAAGGCCCGGAGAUGCUGUUUUGAACAAAAAAAAAAUCUCCUUUGUCCUGUUGUUUUGGGAAGUUGAUUGUUCUUUUAAUGUCCUUGAGGAGCCGUGGUGACUUGCUGAUGUGAAGGUUUUAUGAAGCGCUGCCUUUCAUGAAUGCUGAUGUGAGAAAACUAAUUUGAUGGAUUUUUCUCAUAAUCUUUCCUCGUGCACAUGUCCACACAGUCCCAAGCCUUGGAACCACCCUUUGCAUACAAAACAAAUGUCUUAAUUUCUUUUGAAUUGUUUCUCCUAGGCUUGCCUUGUGGCCGUGAAUCAAGAAUACUUUGACACCACAGUUUUCUAGUUUUGAGAUUUUCAGGAUUACAGCAGGCAACAUAUGAGGGUUUUGUAUUUUUUUCACACAACAGCCUUUUCUUGUACUCUGUCAUGUCUUAAAAGAUGCAAGUUGGAGAUUUCAUAUGAUGCUUUCAAAACUCUGAGAGUAUUUAUCAAGAAUAAACAGAAUGUUGCAAGAAAACAGAAA